CGCGCCGGGAGCCCGGGCGGCGCGAGACGGGCGCGAGGCCGCGCUAGGAGGGCCUGAGGAAAGGCUGUGGAUUGUGCAAAAAAAAUUGGAUGUGUGUCCAGCAUUUACCACCCAGCGCCCCAAGAGGAAGUAUCCAAUGGUCUGCCUGUCACCUGCACCUCCUCUCUGUGGGACCUAAACUGGGACCUCCUGUUCCCAGAGAUUCACUUGACUCUUCUCCUGGAACUAGAUACCCGCAGGGCUGUCUUCUGCCUGUCUGCUUACACAUCCUUGCUCAUCCGAAGAGUGGCUCUUGGCCAAGACCUGGCGGCAGAGAGCCAUGGACCAGUACAGCUUCGGGGACGAAGGUGCCCUUCCGUCCGAGAUGCACCUCCCUUCGUUUUCAGAGAGCCAAGGGCUCAGCUGCAGCGACACCCUCAACCGGGACCUGGGUGCCAGCACGCAAGACCUGCUCUACGCUGGCCUGAGCAGCCUGGACCUGGAGCCCGGCCUCCCGACGCCCGAUGUGCCCAGUGAGGCCCUGGAGGACAACUUGGACGCCCUGUCCCUGUACUCAGGGAAGGACAGUGAUUCCAUGAAGCUGCUGGAAGAAUACGCAGACCCGGAAUCCCAGGCUUCCCUACAAGACCUGGGGCUAGGUGCGCUUAAGGUGCCAAAGGAGGCUGACGAAGGAGGCAGGGCCACCUCUGGGAGUGCCAGGAGAGGAAAGCGGCAGCACAGUUCCCCUCAGAACCCCCUUCUGGAUUGCAGCCUCUGUGGGAAGGUGUUCAGCAGCGCCAGUUCUCUUAGCAAGCACUACCUGACGCACAGCCAGGAAAGGAAGCACAUCUGCAAGAUCUGCAGCAAAGCCUUUAAGCGCCAGGACCACCUGACCGGGCACAUGCUCACCCACCAGAAGACCAAGCCCUUCGUGUGCAUCGAGCAGGGCUGCAGCAAGAGCUACUGCGACUACCGCUCUCUGCGCCGACACUACGAGGUCCAGCACGGCCUGUGCAUCCUGAAGGAGGCACCCCCAGAAGAGGAGUCCUGUGGGGACUCCCCCCACACCCAAGAGGCAGCCGGCCAGCCAGCCCCCAGUGGCCUGCGGGGCCUGGUGCCCCCCGAGGCCAGGUCCCCCGGCUCCCUGCUGCCCAACCGAGACCUCCUGCGCUGCAUCGUCAGCAGCAUCGUCCACCAGAAGAUUCCUUCCCCCAGCCCAGCCCCAGGGGGUUCUCCAGACAGCGAGGGGAGGGCCACGGCCUGCCCCUGCCCAGCCUCUCUGGGCACUCCGUCCUGCACCCCAGUGGGCACCCCCGUGGCGCCGGGAGCCCUGGGUCUUGAGGUUCCAGAGGAGCUGCAGCCCCCCCGGAAAGAGCCAGCCCCUCCUGCCGACGUGUUCACAGCCGUCCACUCGAGGGCAGGAGAGAACGGGGCCCCAGACCCUGCAGAGUCGGAGCUGCCGGUCCUCCAGCUCCUGUCCACCCUGGAGGCCUGGCCCGAUGGUGGGGCCCUGCCAGCCUGCCUGCCCCUGUUCCGAGGCCAGACCAUCCCAGCCAGCUCCCAGCCAUCGGGUCACAACUUCCAGUGGCUCCGGAAUCUGCCAGGCUGCCCCAAGAGCAAAGGGAACAAUGUGUUCGUCGUCCGCAAGCCCCCCGCAGGGUCCUCCCAGGAGGGCCCUGAGCCAGGCCCUGGGCCCAGCAGCACCUCCCUUGCUAUGGAGCCCCCAGCCGGCUCGGGCACCAGCCUGGGGGAUGUGCUGUCCUUCCCUCCUGCACUCCUUAAGGCACCCGGGGACGCCUCGAGUGACGCCAGAUACGCCAGUGGGGAGGACGAUACCUGGGCUUCCAAGAAGAGCAGGUUUGACGGUGACCCCUUCUUGUGGCAGAACCCUGGGGAGCCCGGCCUCCAGGACGUCCAGAAGUCAAGUGGGCUCCCGUCGGAUGCCACACCACUCUUCCGCCAGCUCUUCCUGAAGUCGCAGGAGUCUGUGGUGAGCCACGAGCAGAUGCAAGUGUUCCAGAUGAUCACCAAGUCCCAGCGCAUCUUCUCCCAUGCCCAGGUGGCAGCAGCCUCGCCUCAGCUCUCCAAGCCCGAGGGCAAGCAGGCUGCCCUGAAGCCGCUGCAGGGCCCAUGGCUGCAGGAGCCCCCACCACUGGCCCCCAUCGUUGACUCUCUCCACGCUGGCCCUGGAAGUGCAGAGCCAGAGGGGUCCCCAGCUCGCCGGAGAAAACCCACGCCCGUGUUUCCCAGAGAAGCCUCCCCUGGCAGCGCCCGACGAGACGCCAAGGGAGGGCAGAAAGCAGCCGCUGCUCCACGACCCCCCACCAUGUCAUCCCUGGAUCACUCGGGUCACCCAGAUGUCUCCUCUCUGACCAAGCAGCUGCGAUCGGCAAAAGGGACCUUGGGCCUGGGGGACGUCUUCUCCCCCCCGUGCCCACGGCAGACCCAGUUAGGUGGGGAUGAGCCCCCUGGGGCCCAGCUCCCGGGGAAGCAGGCCCAGGCUGAGAAUGGCUUGGCUUCAGGGGUCACAAAAGGUGAAAAGGGCCCGGCCUGCUCCCGUGGGGGAGGCUACAGGCUCUUUUCUGGCAACCCCAGGGGCCAGCGUUUCUCUGGCUUCCGGAAGGAGAAGGUGAAGAUGGAUCUAUGUUGUGCAGCCUCGCCGAGCCAGGUGGCCAUGGCCUCCUUCUCGUCGGCCGGGCCUCCGGCGGACGCCCCCCGGGACGCCAAGUCUAAGCUGACGAUUUUCAACAGAAUCCAGGGUGGAAAUAUCUACAGACUCCCGCAUCCCAUGAAGGAUGAGAACAUGGCAGGUGGAUGUAGCCAGCAAAAUGGGGGUGCUGCAGACUGGACGGAGCCGAGGAACACAUACAUCUGCAAGAAUUGCAGCCAGAUGUUUUAUACCGAGAAAGGGCUGAGCAGCCACAUGUGUUUCCACAGCGACCAGUGGCCGUCACCUCGAGGGAAGCAGGAGCAGCAGGUGUUUGGCACGGACUUUUGCAAGCCCCUGAGACAGGUGCUGAGGCCAGAGGGGGAUGGACAGAGUCCCCCGGGAGCCAAGAAGCCCCUGGGCAACACGGCAGCAGCCCCUUUGUUGGUCCCCAUGUCGGUCCCGGUGGCUCCCGUGAACCGGCUCCCAGGGAGCACGGCCAAGGGUCAGGAGAAGGAUGUGGACGAGAGGGACGGCAAGGAGUGCGGCCAGCCUCGGAAGCGGAAGAAGCGCCUGCCGCCCAAGGCCCUCUUCGUCCCCCCUGCACCCCCUUCGCUCGGGGAGCCGGGCCCUGGCGGGUGCCACCAGAGUUGCCUGCGCUCCCCCGUGUUCCUGGUGGACCGCCUCCUGAAGGGGCUCUUCCAGUGCUCGCCAUACACGCCACCCCCCAUGCUCAGCCCCAUCCGGGACGGCUCCGGGCUGUACUUCAACACGCUCUGCUCCACGUCCACACACGCCGGCCCCGACAGGCUCAUCAGCGCCCUGAUCGACCCGGUGGAUGGCUCAUUUGGUAUCUGUGUGGUGAAGGACAAUACCAAGAUCAGCAUUGAGCCACACAUCAACAUAGGAAGCCGCUUUCAGGCUGAGAUCCCAGAGCUCCAGGAGAGAUCACUGGCUGAAGCCGAUGACCCUGUUGCUUCUCUGGUCUGGAAGCCAUGGGGAGAUGUGAUGACCAACCCUGAAACGCAGGACCGAGUGACAGAGCUGUGCAACGUGGCCUGCUCCAGCGUGAUGCCAGGAGGGGGCACCAACCUGGAACUUGCUCUGCACUGUCUGCACGAGGCCCAGGGCGACGUUCAGGUUGCCCUGGAGACACUCUUGCUCAGAGGACCCCGGAAGUCACAGACUCAUCCGCUCGCCGACUAUCGUUACACAGGUUCGGACAUCUGGACCCCCAUGGAGAAGAGGCUCUUUAAAAAGGCAUUCUGUGCCCACAAGAAGGACUUUUUCUUGAUACACAAGACGAUCCAGACAAAGACUGUAGCCCAGUGUGUGGAGUAUUAUUACAUCUGGAAAAAAAUGAUCAAGUUUGACUGCGGCCGAGCCCCUGGGCUAGAAAAGAGGGCCAAGAGAGAGCCAGAGGAAGGAGAAAGGACAGAAGAGAAGGUCACUUGCAGCCCUCGGGAGAGACCCGGCCACCGACCAACGCCUGAGUUAAAGAUGAAAACCAAGAGUUACAGGCGGGAGUCCAUCCUCAACUCCAGCCCCAACACAGGCCCCAAGAGGACCCCCGAGCCGCCCGGCAGCAUGGAGGGCCAGGGCGUCUUUCCAUGCCGAGAGUGCGAGAGGGUCUUCGACAAGAUCAAGAGUCGAAACGCCCACAUGAAGCGGCACCGGCUCCAGGACCACAUGGGGCCCGUCGUCAGGGUGAAGUGGCCAGUGAAGCCCUUCCAGCUGGACGAGGAGGAUGGGGAGGGGGCGGGGGCAGGGGCCCCCGACAUCGGUCCCCUGCAGUGGUGAUCCCAGGCGACACACGGCAGCCGGCCAGGCUGAACAAUGGGGUCUCCGGGCCUCUCCCGUCUCCCUGCAGCCUGUGCAAGGGGAGACCCCACCUGGGUGCUGGCCCCACCCCUCCGGCCCCGCCCCUUGCUGUCCCACACUGGGCCCUCGGCGGUACCUGGUGGCAGGAGCACACAGUCGCCAGCGGCCGCCAAGCCCCUGCCGUGGAGUGCCAGUGAUGCCACUCUCUCUGGGUUAGUAGUCUCCCCCCCGUCCUUCACUUCCACUCCACCUGGAGCCUGGGGGCUUGGGGAGGGGAACAAGUUAGAUCUGCGUAGCUCUUAAAUCUUCGCCUCACUUUUGGGGUUUGGUUAUAUUUGUUAGAUAAGGCCAAGAUUUAGAGAAUCAGUGGGAAAAUACCUUCAGAUCUCCAGCACGUGGGGCCUCCCUGAGCAGGGGUGGGCUCUCUGCACUCAGGAUUCAGUCCCUAGUCUUGCAACGACUUGUACAUUGUUAGGGUGUUUUUUUUGUACGUGUCUACUUGUAAAUCUUAUUAAAUUGGGUUCUUGAG